GGAGCCCCUGGUCACCUUGGCAACCAUGGGGUGGCUUCUCCUGAGUUUUCCCUCUCAGUAACUACAGCUUAUGUUUUGCAAACUUUUACCUGCAGCUGUGGGUGGGAGACUGUGGGGUCCCACUGGAGCUUUCCCCCCUUUGGACAGAGACGGUGCAGGGAGAUGGCACAGGGUGGCAGCAGCAUGCAGGCUUAAGUGUCCCCAGGACUCUGCUCCCUGACCCCACUCCCCAGCAGGACGCCAUGCUGGGGCCUGCCUGGACAAUGCUGGGACCUCCGUAGAGUGGCAAACGUGGCUGCGAAUCUCUAUGUCUAUUCAACUGGUCCUGUUGCUGAUGGGUUUUGCCUGGAGGAUGGUGCCAGGAGCCAUCCUGUGGCUUUUACUCUCACUCAGCGGCCUCCUGCCCUCCACCAAGUCCCAGACAAAGAUACCACUGGAAACGGUGAAGUCCUGGGCAGACGCCUUUGGUGGAGAGAUGUAUUCCAUCAUGACAAAGUAUUCAGGCUCUCUCCUCUUACAGAAGAAGUACAAAGAUGUGGAGCCCACUCUGAAGAUCAAGGAGGUGGAUGGCUUGGAGUUGGUGAAGAAGUUCUCAGAGGAGAUGGAAAGCAUGCUGCGCAGAAAAGUAGAAGCUGUUGAGAGGCUGGUGGAAGCAGCAGAAGAUGCAGAUCUGAACCACGAAUUCAACUCCUCACUGGUGUUUGAUUACUACAACUCUCUCUUGAUUAACGAGAAGGAUGAGAAUGAUAAUUACGUGGAGCUUGGAGACGAAUUCAUUCUGGAGCCAAACGAGCAUUUCAAUAAUCUGCUGGUGAACACGACAUACAGUGAUGUGCAACUCCCAACCAAUGUCUACAACAAAGACCCUGCCAUACUGAAUGGAGUUUACAUGUCAGAAGCCUUGAAUCCUAUUUUUGUGGACAAUUUCCAGAGAGACCCAACACUGACAUGGCAAUACUUUGGCAGCUCCACAGGAUUCUUCAGACUUUAUCCAGGGAUAAAGUGGAUGCCAGAUGAGAAUGGAGUCAUCUCCUUUGACUGCAGGAAUCGAGGCUGGUACAUCCAGGCAGCCACUUCACCCAAGGACAUUGUAAUCGUGGUGGACAUCAGUGGAAGCAUGAAGGGUCUGCGGAUGACCAUCGCCAAACACACCAUCAUCACUAUUUUGGACACUUUGGGGGAAAAUGACUUUGUCAAUAUUAUUGCAUACAAUGAUUAUGUUCAUUAUGUUGAACCCUGUUUUAAGGGCAUCCUGGUCCAAGCAGACAGAGAUAACAGAGAGCACUUUAAGCAGUUGGUGGAUGAGCUGCAGGCGAAAGGGGUGGGGACCGUCAAUAAGGCCGUGCUGGAAUCCUUCAAAAUCCUCAGGGAGUUCCGAGAGGCUGGGCAAGGAGGCCUGUGUAACCAAGCCAUCAUGCUGAUCACAGACGGAGCUGUGGAGGAUUAUCAAUCUGUGUUUGAAAAGUACAACAGGCCUGACCGUAAGGUCCGGGUUUUCACGUAUCUCAUUGGAAGGGAAGUCACUUUUGCAGAAAAUGUGAAGUGGAUAGCUUGCAACAACAAAGGCUACUACACCCAGAUCUCUACCCUGGCAGAUGUUCAAGAGAACGUGAUGGAAUAUCUGCAUGUGCUCAGCCGUCCGAUGGUCAUCAACCAUGAUCACGACAUCAUAUGGACAGAAGCCUACAUGGACAGUGCGCUCUUUGCAUCACAAGCUCAAAGUCUGCUGCUCAUGACAACAGUAGCUAUGCCGGUCUUCAGCAAAAAGAAUGAAACGAGAUCUCAUGGCAUUCUCUUGGGUGUUGUGGGCUCUGAUGUUCCACUGAGGGAGCUACUGAAACUGGCUCCACGGUACAAGUUGGGAGUCCAUGGAUAUGCCUUUCUGAACACUAACAACGGUUACAUCCUCUCGCACCCAGACCUCCGGCCUUUGUACAAAGAGGGAAAGAAGCUGAAGCCCAAACCAAACUACAACAGUGUGGACCUCUCUGAGGUGGAGUGGGAAGACCAAGAUGAAAUUCUGAGAACAGCAAUGAUCAAUGGAGAAACAGGUUACCUCGCCAUGGACGUGAAAGUCCCUGUGGAUAAAGGGAAACGGGUUCUCUUCCUCACCAACGAUUAUUUCUUCACUGACAUCAGUGACACGCCUUUCAGUCUGGGCGUUGUCCUCUCCCGUGGGCAUGGGGAAUACAUCCUGCUGGGGAACACGUCCGUGGAAGAAGGCUUGCAUGACCUGCUGCAGCCAGACUUGACCUUAGCUAAUGAAUGGAUUUACUGCAUCACCGAUAUUGAUCCAGAUCACCGGAAGCUCAGCCAGCUGGAGGCCAUGAUCCGCUUCCUCACAGGAGAGGAACCCGAUCUGGAAUGUGAUGAGGAGUUGGUCCAGGAGGUGCUGUUUGAUGCUGUGGUAACAGCGCCAAUGGAGGCUUACUGGACAACCUUGGCUCUCAACAUGUCCGAUGAGACUGAGCAGGGGGUCGAGAUGGCAUUUCUGGGCACUCGAGCUGGCCUCAUGAGGAGCCUCCUGUAUGUGGGGUCUGAGAAACUCUCCAACAGGAAGUUCCUGACCCGGGGGGACAAGGAAAGUAUCUUCACCAUGGAUCACUUCCCCCUGUGGUAUCGCCGAGCAGCUGAGCAUCCCCCUGGGAGCUUCAUCUACAGCAUCACCUCAGAAGAGGGCUCAGAGGGAGGUAGCAAACCAGACGUGGUGACAGUGAGCACAUCUGUUGCUGUUUCCGUGGAUGGGAAGACGGCUAUUGCUGCAGCUGUGGGCGUGCAAAUUAAGUUGGAAUUACUCCAACGCAAGUUCUGGAUGGCUACGCGGCAGUGCAGUGAUGUGGAUGGCGUGUGUCCGCUGAGCUGUCAGGAUGAUAAUCUGAACUGCUUCCUCAUUGAUAAUAAUGGGUUUAUACUCAUUUCCAAGAGAUCUACAGAGAUAGGAAAAUUUUUUGGUGAAGUGGAUGGCUCAGUAAUGACCCAACUCCAAAACAUGGGAAUGUUCAGACAGGUGACAAUGUACGACUAUCAAGCCAUGUGUAAAAUGCCCUACCACCAUCACAGUGGCGCCCGGCCUCUACUCAGUCCCAUUUAUACCUUGCUUGCUGCAGUGAAGUGGCUGAUGAGUGAUUUCCUCAUGUUUCUUUUGGAGUUCAAUAUUUGUGGCUUCUGGCACUCAGAGAACUUGGCAGAUGCCAAAGCCGUCUUUCAUCAUUCCCACAAGCAUAAGAAACAUGAUAUGCUGCAGCCAUGUGACACUGAAUACCCCGUCUUCGUGUAUGAGACCACCAUCAAAGAAACCAACGGGCUGAUCGAGUGCAGAGACUGCCAAAAGAUGUUUGUAGUUCAGCAGAUCACCAAGAGUAACCUGCUGCUCGUGGUUACAGAUGCUACCUGUGACUGCAGCAUCUUCCCACCCGUCCUCCUGGAAGCAAAAGAAGUCAAAUAUAACGCUUCGGUGAAGUGCGACAGGAUGCGCUCCCAGAAACUGAGGCGGCGGCCAGAUACCUGCCAUGCGUUCCACCCAGAGGAGAAUGCUCAGGACUGCGGUGGAGCUGCCGAGAUCUCAGCCUCACUGCCGUUACUCCUCCUUGCGCUGGCGACCUUUGCUCUCCUCCUGCGGUGACAGCGUCUAACCCUGACCCUUACAGCUAGCAGAAAAAGUGGGUAAUAAAAGGGAGUCCAUUACUUCCAUUGGACAGCCUGAGUGAGAAAGUUGGAGCUGUUAGGCGGGGAGGAGCCCACAGUGUAGGCAUUUUGCAACUCCUUGUGGACCUGUGGGGACAAGGCAUUAGAGACCCCUCACAUACUGGCCUGUCUCUCUCUCUAGUUCAGUUGCUGGCAGUGGAAGCUGUUUCUUCCAGAAGAACUUGCAGCUUGAGUGCUGGCCACCACAGCUGUGGAUCAAAUGGAUUAACUGUCAAUGCAACAACCAUUGGAUAAGAUGUGCCCAGCGGUGGGGCCAGUACCUGACCAACCGGAGGAGCUCAUGAGAGAAUUGGAGGUUCAGGAACAUCUGAUACCACUUCCAGUGGCUGGUUCUGACUCCAUCAUGCCUGGCACUUCCUCAUUUACACGCCACUAGUGAUGGAGUCUAUACAGAGGCAGGGCGGGUUUUACCAGUGCUGCCCACUACAUAAACAGAGCUCUUCAGAAUAUAAAUCUGCCUUGUUAUACCGCACCAGGCUGAUUUACUGCGUAGGACAGUUGGAGCUGGGCACACAUGGCCCUUCAGGAACAGCAGAAUUGAAAAUAUUUUAUUUACUGUGCACAUUGCUCUUUGGGAUUAAGGAUUUUCAGCACCCUGGCUACCUACUGGUUAUGGGGCAUGGGGGGGAGAGGGAGAGAGGGAGGGGAAGCCAGUGAAGAACAGGGCAACAGGAAAGGAAAAAUGCCUCAUUGGAGGUUCUGCACAAGAAGGUGGUUCCUUGAGACCAGAUUCCCCGCAUCAUUGUUACACAAUUCAUGAUCUGGCUUAUACUAACUGAGAAGAGGAAGUAGCACAGCUCGGCUAAUUAUACUUAUUCCAGCAAAAACUGGCCCCGAGCUUUGGGCCCCAGAAGUGACUUCUCUUAAACAGUGUUCAAAUCCUCUUGAAAUUCUAACAAGCCUGCACCAAAAAAGGAAAGUCACCUGCCUGUGUGUUAAACUCACAAAAUGAAACCACCCCUCCUGCAUCGGGACCUACUUCAAGAAAGAAAAAAAGAGACAGGAAGUGGGGUUUGUGCUGCCAGUCUUCUCUCUCUGCUGAAGUAGCUAAGAAACAAGCGUUAUCCCCAGAGCUGUGCUCAACACUGCUGAGGCCUCAGGCUGGGCUGGAGACAGCAGUGGCCGCCUGUUAAUGGAUUCUGGCUGUUCCCAGGUGCCAGGCCCAUGUUUCCAGGAAUUACAAACAAUGCUUGAGGAGGAGGGAACAAGAUUUUUCUUCUUUUUUAAAUAAAGUGCUUGCCAUUGUCUCUAAAAACAGAUCGAUGGCCUAUUUUAAACCGAAUUUAAGGCGUGACGUGUUCUACUUGGGACCAAUCUCAGCCUUGUAAGUCCAAACAGCCCCAGGCCACUAGUGGCGACAACAACCAGAGCAGAGCCUAUGACAUGGGAGCAAUUGAGCUGUGUAACCCCUACAGCUGCACUGGCAGUUUGCCAGGCACUCAAGGGAUGAGCCUGAGCUGCCUAAAAUGGAACCGAUGGCAGCCGCUUUACUUAGCAACACACCCAUGGAGACUACAUCUCCCAACAUGCAGUGCUCUCAGUUGAGCCAAGGAGCCAUGCUCUGUUGGGGCUUCAGAGGGCUGCCAUCAUACAAAUAAAACAAAGGAGGCAAAAUGAUGAAAGCACAAGCCAGCAAUGAGCAUUGUUAAUUCUACCAUGUGCUCC